CGUCCGCGUGAGAGAGUAAUGUACGUUCCGCGUUCAGGCGGUCCCCCCUGCGCGUGUCGGGAAAGGGGGGCGGUGGCUCGCCUGCUCGUUCGCUCGAUCGCACGCGGCCGGCCACUUUUUUUAUCGGUUCCGCCGGCCCGCUCUCUUCGGCGAUAACAAUGGCCGUGAGCCGAGAGUUUCGAGCGACCGCACUCGGCGUCGCUCGGCGGGACGCCCGACGACGAGCGAGCGGUCCUAUCGGCGGCGCGGCCGACGGACGCGGCUCAUCCGAGCGCGUCCUCCGCUCUCGUCGUCGCCGGGCACCGUCGCGUAAUCGGUGACCCCGCACGAUGAGGCGUGCACCGCGCGCGUUCUUGCUCGUGCUCGUUGACAUUUUCGAUGGCCAGGCGGACGAUACCUGGAGGCGCGGAGCCGUCCGCGAUAACGGAUGAACGAAAUUAUCGCGGCGCGUAUCGAUCGCUGGCACUCUUGACGUCUACUUUUGCGUCUUUUUGUUUUGCCGUACAUACAUUUCGUAUAAACAAUUCGUAAAUAAUUCUUUUACACUCAAAGCUCAUUCUACAACAGUGUACACCUACUCAUAAGUGAAAAAAUGGACCUGGCGGAAACUAUGAAGAACAUUGUUGCCAAAGGUAUGCAAACUGAAAUGGGUCCGCCGGGUGGAGGAUCAGGCUACUCUGCGACACCGAGCAACGCCGGUUACGUCACGGAGAAGAUGUACAUGUUGCUACAAGCGUAUUUGCAAAAUAAAGGAUGGAAUCCCAGUAUCGAGCUACUGCAAUGCUUCUCGGAAUUCAAAGAUGCCUCCAUGAUGCCGAGCGCCGCUUAUUUACAAAUGAUGGCAUCCAGAGUGGCGUUGGAUUCACAGGGAAGAUUAGUCCUUAGAGAGAAUGGCAAGAUAAUACUACCCUACGAACACUUUGCUAAUGCUGUAAUGUUGAAACAUAUGAAUGGACCGCACGGCUUACACUUAGGCUUGGAGGGUACGGUGAGAGCGGUUAUGGAGUCCUACACUAUCGGAAGAGAAUGCUUUGGGAUGGAGAAGGAGUUUAUCAUAGAAGUCGUGCAAAACUGUCCCAAUCCUGCCUGCCGCUAUUACAAAAAUCAGCUGGAGCUCACUCAGAAGAUGGGCCACAUGGCACCGACUUACAUCCAGGAGAAUGAAGCGACCGCGUCUCUUCUGCGUUCUGGUUUUCCGCAUAGCACAGAUUUCCAGGCAAGCCUAAGCAGCACUAAUCCAAAUACACACAUGGGAGGAGGAUCUGCGGAUUUACCGGAGAUGAGGGGUGCUGGCAAUCAAAUGAAUCUUCAACGUCCUCCAAGCCGUCCGUCAUUAAAUAUUCCACAUCGGCCUGUAUCGCAAGAGAAGAAAGUGCCAUCCGGCAAGCAGCAUUAUGAAUCUCUAAUACCUAAUAUACCAAUCUCCGAUCACAAGUUGACGGACUUUUUACGCACCAAUCUGGAUAACUUCGACAAUCUCGCUUCUCUUGGUUUAGGAAACUUACAAGGAUUAGGAAACUCCAAUAAGGACCUGCUAGCGCUGCACAAUGGUGCAUGGCCUUUAGAAGGUGAAAAAGGAUCCCGAUCGUCAUCUUCAAAUUCAGAAGGUGGUCAAGAAAAGAUUGUGCGCGCUUUUGCAGAAGUGAUGAAGAACAUGGCAAGGAUGAAAGCUUGCGUACGACCGGCAAUGUGCAAGCCGUACGGCAAACAAUCCGAGGCUCUACAGAAAACAUUGGUCGAUACAAUACAGCUUAUACAAUCGUUGAGAAGUUUCUUGCCGCCCCCACAUAUACCAGUCUCGAGCUGGAAAAACGAAGAUAAACACCGAUUAGAUCACAGUACCCCUUACUUGUCAUCGUUAAAAGCUGGCGGAAUGGAAGAAUUAUGCGAGCAGCGUAAGCUAGACUAACCAUCGUCUUCGCUUUACUCGCGACAGACCAAGUUUCGUCUUUUUGCGCUCUAUGAUGUUCUAGUCACAAGAUGUUUAUUGAUUAUCUGGGUGUUUCGUAUCUAAACAACCCGAUGGAUUGCUCAAAAAAAGUUGUUGGCGUUUAGGACUUCAAAUACUAAGAGACAAAAUGAGUCAUGCGUGGACUGUGAUAAACGUGGGUAGCGUGAAACAAAAAAGAUUUAUAUGUAGGACUAAACUCACACCGCGUCAUCUUAGGGAUUCUUAUUAGCUUUAUUUCAUCGCUAUAACCUAAUUUUGUAUUGUUAUUGCUCUCGAUCUGCCUAUGGGGCUUAUUUGGUAAAUGAUUUAUCGAUUAAUCUCGCGAUUACUGAAAACUGCGACUGAAUUACGAUCACGUAAAUUACAUGAUAUAGUUAUGUAAUUAUUGAUGCAAAUAGCAUUUAUAUUUACUGUAUUGAUUUAAUAAUUUGCCAUUUGUGUUCCAAUUACUACCUGAUUAAUAAUAUAUUAUAGAACUUUUUUUAUAUCUAUAGCCUCUGUUAUAUGUAUAAAACUUAAAUUGAAGUUUAAAGCAAAUUGGAUCUAGUACAAAAGCUUUUGCUACUAAUCGAUUGCUACUUUAACAUUCGCGGUAUAGAUAUAUUAAAAGAAGAGUUGACAAUUUUCUCGAUUAUUAAAUUCGUGUUAUUUUGUUUUACAUAUUUUUAACUUGUUUGUUAAAUAUAUUCUUUAGAACUUUAAAUUGAUCGAAUUAUUCGAUUAGUGAAAUGAUUAGUGUGUUCAAUUUAUGUGUACAUUUUAUAUAUGUAUAUAUAUAUAUGUAUACAUAUAUACAUAUAUAUACAUUGUAUACGUUAUAUAAACGUAUGUGGGUAUUUCUUUUAAAAAGAUUUAUAUAUACUCGUUAUUAUUUAUUUUUAAGGCUGAGAUGAACAUAUAUCAUUGUUGUUUCUAGUACUGUUCACUGCAUGCACAAUCAUGCUUUACUAAUGUUAAAAGAUUGAUAAUAAGCUCCAUAGGCAAUAUAUGCGGUGUGCACGUAAAAAAAAAAAUAUAUUGGUCAAUUCAUAUAGGUAUUUUUUAAAAAACAAAUUAUUUCUUAAUAUAUAUACGUAAAGGAAAAAGAACGAAAUUGUUAUGUCAUUAGUGGACUUUCAAAAGGGGAUGUGAUUUACACUGACGCUCAAAGACUUCACCGUGCACUAAGUAUUAUUACGCAGAAACGUUUUUACUCUUGCGAGAGAAACUGCAAAUUAGAGGAAUCGCGUUUGUGGAAUGUGAUUGAACGUUUCCUCAGAUAAACGGCAUAUCGUAUCCGUUGCGGGAGUAAAACCGUUUCUUAUUCGGUUGUUAUACGCGUAUAUAAGCGGUACGAUAAAAUAUUUCUUUCUUUCUUGAUAAUGUAAAGUUAUAAGGCGUUUAUCUUUGGAUGUAAGCAAUUAAUGCCGUGUAUACCGCGAAUGCAAAAUAGCGCGCGGCACUUGAAUGCGUGAGGGCUCUAUUUUGUGGGCUGUGUGCGUGUGUUGUGUAUUUGUAAGAAUGCGAAGUUUUGGCUAUCAAAUAGCAAAAUUUUAUAUGAAUGCGCGUAUGUUGAAGAUGUCUUUCUAUACAUGUAUCUGUUAUUAUUUACUACACGUAUGCAGCGAAUGUGCCGAUCGAUUACCAUUUAGGAGUCGGAUCCAUGAUUUAAAGACUGCAAAUUAUUUUCUUUUUUAUUUUUGACAAAUUAUUGCUCUCUAUCAUCUAUCGUUUUUUUUGUUCUAUAUUGUAUUGUUUUCUUUUUUAUUUUAUAUCCUACUGUGUUCGAUGGGAAGCACGGAGAUAUAAUGACAAGAUAUAAUAACAAGUCUGGAAAAUUCUCGACAAUGAUUCUUUAUUUGUUUUUUCACAGCUAUUGUAGCUGUUUAACGAAUGCAGAUCCGGCUUCUAUAGACUGCGUUUUUGUUGACAUACAUAUAUAAUAUAUAUAUAUUGACAAGAAGGCUGCUGCAAUAUGGUUCAUAAUUCGACGAUAACUUGUUGCACACCAAAGUGUAUUUCCAAUAACUAGGUGGACUUAUUUCUUAUAAUAUUAUGUAUUAUUAAAAAAAUGCAAACGUAACGUCGUUUGUAUUUCGAUCGGUCGGUCCGUGUGAUCAACGCAAUUAAGCAUAUCCAUGACUAAGUCGUUGCAACUUAUGCCAAAUAGAGAAAAGGGAGCGCGGAAACAGAGUCUGAUGAGAAAAAGAGGUUGAUUGAAAUGUAUCAAAAUAGAAUUUCAAAAUAUGUGAGAAAGACUGUUAGAGACUGCGUCCGAGAUAAGUCUUAUCUUAUCAAUGAUUUAAACACGAUAGCGCAAUUGUUAUAUGAGGAGUUUGUGCGUGUAUUUCUUUACAGCAAAAGUUGCAGCGUUGCAGUUUAUUCUUUGCUUUAUAUUCGCUGUACUUUGUUAUCACACAUAAUAGUGUUGUUAUAUAUUUUAUUCUAUUUCUAGAUUAAAUUAGUAAAAUUCGUUCUAAAAAUUCGUUUUUCGUUAUUCGUUUUGCGAUUUUAUUACUGCAAUUGCUGCAACUGUUGCCAAAACGUGCGUUAGUUUAAUAUUCUCCUUUGUAUAUACCGUCCGUUAAUUUCUACUAGUUUAGAUAAUUAGCUAAAAGAUUUGAUUCUAGAGAUCUCGAACAAAGUCGAGCAUACAACACAUCAGGAAAGGGGCAAAAAAGGGAGAAAUACAGAUUUCGUUUCCGGAUCUCGUUACUCUCGCGCCAUAUCUAUACCAUAGAUACCGUGUACAUGUUUUCGCACCGAAUUCGACAGUAAGAAGAUAAAUGAUUGUAAAAUGCGCACCGUGUCGAUCCGUCGUUCCCUUUUUAAAUUCGGAUCGCUAAUCGAUAUUCGUACACCAAAUGCUAACCGCUGUGUCUGCACAUUAAGCUCGUCGUCGCUUGCCAGUAUUGCUCUUCUGUAUUCUCGCAUAAUUCUAACUCAUGACAGCAAUUAUUAAAGUUUUUACAAGUGUGAAAGA